AUGCGAAGAGCGGCCAUCGUUCUCGAGCCUCAGUACACGCUGACAUCCACAAAAGAGGCUGCCACCAUGCUCAGCGUAGGGCUGGAUGCUCUGAUAUUCGUCACUGGAUGGCUCCACGUUCUCAGCUCGCCGUUUUCCAAAGUCGAAGAAAGCUUCAACCUCCACGCAACGCAUGACGUCCUCAUGUAUGGCGUCGGGAUCGACAAUCUCUACAAUUACGACCACUUCACCUUUCCUGGUGCAGUUCCUCGAACAUUCAUUGGCAGCAUCCUCCUGGCGUGGCUCGCAACACCAUUUGUUAUAGCAGCGGACAGUAUGGGCUUUACGUUGACGAAGUUCGAUCUUCAAAUCCUUGUUCGUCUAAUAUUGGCAAGCCUGAGUGCCUGGUCACUUUGCACCAUACGAAGAGCGACCUCACGCCGUUUCGGGAAGACAGCAGGCUCCAUCUUCACUGCGUUGACCUGCUCUCAAUUUCAUCUACCAUUUUGGAUGGGGAGGACCGUUCCAAAUACAUUCGCGAUGAUACCUGUCAACUUUUCUACCUACUUCCUCAUUAAUGGAACGCCACGAAUGAUCCGACAGUCCAGUCGAAAUCUCAAUGCGGUGAUCGGACUCCUUACCUUCACCGCCGUCGUGUUCAGAGCUGAAGUUGCACUCUUGCUUGCGCCAUUGUCCCUGCAACUCCUUCGGAAACGACACAUCGUUUUCUGGCGGUUGGUCCAAGUUGGCCUAAUCUCUGGACUGUUAUCUCUCGCUCUAACAAUAUUGGUCGAUUCGUACUUCUGGGGCAAGGAGCUCCUGUGGCCUGAGUUCUCAGGAAUCUAUUUCAACGUCUUCGAGGGAAAAAGUUCAGAAUGGGGUACAUCCCCACCGCUCACCUAUUUCGUGUUGUCCCUUCCAAAACUUCUAGCUGCAGGCCUUCCACUCUCCAUCUUCGGCCUCAUUGUCGAUCGACAAGCUCGAUCGCUCAUCAUUCCUCCUCUAGUGUUUAUCAGCCUGAUGAGCUGCUUGGGGCACAAAGAAUGGCGGUUUAUCGUGUACACUGUCCCCAUAUUCAACAUUGCCGCCAGCCUAGGAAUGACUUGGGUGCUUCGCCUCCGCAAACCUUUCGUCUUCCUCAUCGCCGCCGCUGGCAUACUUGGCGUUAACUUCGCCUACCAGGUCCUCCUGACUGCAGCCUCAGUCAACAAUUACCCAGGCGGCGAUGCCAUGGUUCGAUUCCACCAGCUCUAUACCGCCAUCCCAACAGCCCCAAUCACCACACGUAUUUUAUUCACCCGCCCACAACCAUCGACAUUUGGGCAUCUAACAACGCCUGCACACAUUCACAUCUCUAACCUCGCGGCUCAAUCCGGUGCAUCACUCUUCCUACACCUGAACUCUCCACCAUACCUCUCCCCCUCUUCGGCGGGCACUCCAUGGAUAUACAACAAAACAGAAAAUCUCUCUCCUACGUCGUUCACUUCUCCUUCGACCCCCUUCACACAUCUCAUCUCAGAAAUCUCUCCUGAGAAUUCGUCUCUCGGAGAGAUUUGGCAGACGAAGGAAGCAAUACAAGGCUUUGAUCGCUAUUGGAUUGACUGGAAUCUUUUGAAAGGAAGGAAAGAGGCCGCCGACUUGUGGACGAGGUUGACACAAUCCUUCGUCCUCAAGAAGAGCGAUAAGCUGUGGAUCUUGGAGAGGAAGGCUAUUUGA